ACGGCUAAAAUGCAUAAACAUACAACCAGUAAACGUGUCUUUCAUGUCCACACCACAUACCUAACUUGUUUGUUAGCUUUGUACCUACGAGCUGCUGUGUCCCCGGCGCGAGGUUGGAUUGCGUCGCGUGCACCUGGACACCAGCACCCGCUUGCUUUGCCACAAACGAAACUUCAUUGGCUGAUGCUCAGUCCAACCAGGUGUUCUCCUGAUUUUAAUAUAAAAAAGCUCAGUGCUAAUUUUAAAAUCAGUAUCAAAAGAUAUAACAUCGAUAAAGUCAGCCUCGUUCAUCACAGAACAGCAUCCAGAUGAGCUAACUGAAAAUUUUACAAGCAGUCGAGCAGCAUCACCGUUUUGAAAUGAAGACCUUUCUGACAAUUUUUAUUGCGACUCUCGUUUGUCGUGUCGCUGAAAUGUCAUCGCUGCAUCCAAGUCAGAGAGAGGACGUGAUGGGGAAGUAUUCCUUCAUGAAUAGAUAUCAGUGUGAACGACUUUGUUGGUACCGGAAACUGUGUAAGACCUACACUUACAUCUACAACAGGACCCUGGCCACUGGUGGUAACUGUGUUCUACACGCUGAAAACAUCUCUACAAACACAACAAGCGGUGUUUCUACAGACUGGGUCGAAAGGGAAGCUUUCUGGGACGAAGCACUUCAAGACAACGGUUGUCGCAACCGCACCUGUAAUGAUACCCAGGUGUGUGUGCCUACCUUUGCGUCGCCCUUCUACGCGUGUCUGCCUCUUCCUGCAGAAUGUCAAGCGCCCCCUCGAGAUGACGGUGUCUACAGCAAUGUGACACUACUCCAGGGUCAAAGGACAAACUUCACGUGCAACCCGUCUCUGGUAUGGGCUCCACGUCACGCCGACAAGACGGUCACGUGUCAAGUCAACGGCAAGUACAGCGAGCUGAAAGGGACGUGUAAAAACGCCACCUACUACUCACCGAGCGUGCCAUUCAACAAGCCACUACCGGAUGUCGUCGCAAAAGAGUGGGAGGCCUGCUUCAAGGGUAACUUCACCGGACUUCAAAGAAUGACCUUCAACUUUCACGACAGAAAGGAUGCUUCGUGUGAUUCCAGUCCUCCUGAUGGUGGUAACAUUUACCUUUGUCUUGAUUUUCGUUACGACUUUGAUGUAACACAAAAAGUACUUUACUUCAACGCUCUAAAUAACUGUUCCUGGUCCAAUCGUGGUGAAAUAGGAAAUCUUACUCUACAACCCAACGACUACUUUGAAAUGACUCUGAGAAUCUUGUUCAACAACACAAUGCAGAUUACCUACAACAAUGACACAACCCAACAAGUCGACCUGGCGUCAGACAUCAACUUGACAAACGCCACGUACUUGGAGAUUGUACGUAAUGUCAGUCUUUCCUACGUCAACCUCGGCAGAGGAUGUGACUAGCGCUACAAACAAAGCAGCCAAUGGGAUGCCAGCCCAUGAAAGCCAUUGUCGAAAGCUGUCUCCAAAUUGUCUGUGUCGGUGGCUAUUAGAGAUUGAUAUAAGGUGUACUAAAAUACUUUCUUCUUGUGUGCUUAUUUUGUCAUACGAUUUCUCUUCAAAUCACGUUUCCAGAGUUAUGUUUAGUCACUCUUUCUCUCUCCUGUACCUCACAGUGUCAAAACAAAAUUUUCAAGAAGCGAGAAAAUGGAUUUUUCCCAUGUCUUUUAUUGAAAUAAAUGUUAUAUAAACACUGCUUUUUACACUUUAAGUAUUGAGAUCUUUCUUUAUGUUUUACGAGCACAUAAUUGAAUGCAAUUAUAUUAGGACGACCUUUCGGACGAAAAGGAUUAUAUGCCAUGUGUGUUGUACCCAUUAUUGUACACUUAAGAUUGCGAUCUAAUUUGUUUACACAGAAAUUUUCAGCAGAUUUUUUUCUGUCCCUAAUGUCAAGUUAAGACAUCAUCGGAGUGGUGCAUUUCAAGUUAUUAUUCUAACAAGUAGGCUGGACUUUAAAAACACUGUUGAAUAAGCAACAUUCAACUAAUUAAUAAACAUUUUAAGUCCAUCCACACAAACAAUCGAGACCUUUGAAACUUUCAACUUAACUUUUUUUCUGUGAAAUUGGAGGGACAAUAAACUGUACCAUUUUAUGUCUAAGUACACCUCAUUCGGCUGGAUUUUUUCCUUCGCUCGGAAACACAAUUUCAUGUCUUUAUAGUCGCUUUAUGUUGUUUUAGCAUCUUCUACUACUUUUAACAAGGCUUUUGAAUUUUUUUCAAUGUCCACCAAUACAAAAUUCAUUUAGUAGGCUGUAACAUAUGUAAUCAUUGAAAUAAUGUCAUCGUUUAUCUGCUAAAGCUCAUGAUGUCUGUGCAUGUUUCAAAUAUGAUUCCUUCGAGUGCAUGAUGAAGUCUAAUAAAGAUUCG